AGAAUUAUGGUGUAUUUGUCUCGCGCUGUAAGGUUAUGGCCCGGCUGUAUUAGAAGACAAAGUCUUGUGGAGACGGUAUUAUUGAUAUUUUAGACUUGACAGAGGUUAGAUGCAUUACUCGGGUGAUGUUAUGAUACAGUUGAAUCCUCGUCACAAGUUGUGAAGAACUUUAUAUUAUUGUAUGAUUGUGUGGUCUAUCAUUUAUGAAAGGGAAUAGAGUUGAACGGACCGCCUGCGAACAGUCAGCUAGUUAAUCCUGUUCACCAUUACGUAAUUUGGAAAGAAAUUUUGGGAGGUCAGAGGUCGAACAAUAGAUGAAUCUAUGACAAGCGAGUCGAUAUGUAUUGAAGCCAAUGGUGUUUGUAGAUGGACAGUGGUGUAUUAUAAGUUUGUGUGUGAUUGUGUGAUUGUCUCUCACUGGACAUUGCUCACUGAGCCUUACCCAUCAUCAUACAAUCUCGCGAUUCAGCUGUCAAACACGACUCAACGAUAAUAGGGAGGUGCUAUAACAGCCAAUCAAAACGCCGGUUACAAUUUGAUUAUGAUAAUCACGGGCCGGAUUAUUGAUAAUCAUAAUUUGGACAUGCGCAGUGAGGUGAAGUAUAUAAUGGAAAUAUUGAAAGUGUAACCAUAAUCAUUUUACUGUAAGACGUCCGGGGGUCGAAAUCAUGUCACGCCGUAAACAGCAACGACCGAGACACUUUGAGAGUGAAUUGGAAGAUUUAGGUAAAACUGUUGCCGAGGAUUUAACCACACAGGAAGUUCAACCUGAGAAUGAUGAUGAUGCUACCAUUCCCUCACCCACAUCCGACGCCCAGCCCCAUCUCUGUGAAUUUUGUCAUGAAGAAUUUUGGCAAAUUGAGGAACUCUUAGAACAUAAAGACAAUUGUAUAAAUAAUUCCAAGCGUCGACGGAUAAUGUACGACGCGGACACACAAGAUGAUGCUUUAGCAGAUGAAACUAACGUACCCGUGCGUGCGCAGAGCGUAAGUGACGGUGAAGAAAUGACACCUGACGAGGAAGACGAAGGUGUGUACCCUGAACAAUUCUCAGAACAAGUGAACCGAGAUUUCACCAACGACAAAAUGGAUGAGGACGAUUUUUCCGAAGAGGAAACUAAAGAAGAAAAUAAAGAAAACAAAUUAACAAUGUCCAAACAAUCAAAAGCGGCCAUGGCUGCCCAGCUACCUCAGCUUAUGUCCUUAGCAAAUAUGGCCAACGUGGCGAAUAUCUUACCUACGUCAAACGUCAAACUAGAACCGAUGUCGGGAACGAAAGCAGCUGUUGCCCAGUUUGCCGAAAAUAAUAACUUAAUGCCAAAUGAUAUGGCGGUGUUACAGGCCACGUUGUUUAAUCUUCAACAACAACAGAUCGUUCAGUUACAGUUAAUUCAACAACUACAGCAUCAGAUUGUCACGACAAAAGCUGAUGAUGAACUGGACGAAGAUGACGAGAUGGAAGGAGAAGCAGACGAUGAUGCAGACGAAAUAGAAUCCAAAAGUUGUGAAACGCCGAAACCCUCAUCGCCGAUUCACGAACCAACACCAGAGCAAAUGAAGCAAAUAAAUGAAGAAGAAAAUAAAAUCGUUAAAAGUGAAAGUGAAAAAACGUCGUCGUCAGCGACAACAAACGAAGAAAACAAAUCGUACAUUUCUAGCUUAGCGGCUAUGAACAAUAUGACAUAUAAUUCGCUACCUAAAGAAAUGCCGAUACAACGCGGAAGUAUUCUACCCCCACAUCUGCUACUAUCGCCACCUGAUGAUGGAUACGCACAAAGAGGCACAGUUCUUGAGCGUGCUCAGUAUGCUAGCGAUGACCCGUUUUUUAAACACAAGUGUCGAUUCUGUCACAAGGUGUUCGGAAGUGACAGCGCUCUACAGAUACACGUGCGUUCACACACAGGAGAAAGGCCCUUCAAAUGCCACAUUUGUGGAAACAGAUUUUCCACCAAGGGCAACCUGAAAGUACACUUUGAACGUCACAAAGCAAAAUAUCCCAAUGCUCGGAUGAAUCCAACUCCAGUUCCUGAACAUUUGGACAGACUACAAGGAUCAAGCAUGGGCAUGCCCAUGAACCCAUCCAGUGUACCAACGUCUAUGCCCUUACCACCUGGAUUCAUGGGAAAUCCAAUGAUGCCAAAUAUGGGAUUGCCGCUGCCGAUGAACCCAGGUUUUCCGAUGUCAGCCAGAAUGCCCAGUGGAAGUAUGCCAUCACUCCAUCGGCCUAUGGGACCAAUGUUUUCCCCUAUAAACCACUCUUCAGCUAUGAAUCUCCCACAUCCCCCACCCCUUCCUUCCCUUCCUAGCCCAAACAUCACCACAAAUACUCAUGCUGCAGAACGACCAUCUAGUCCACAGAUAAAACGUGAAAAAUCUAGUCCACCAUCAACUCCUCAACAGAAUCGUGAAACUGCUCCAACACCAACUUCCACCAGUAGUACCAUUUCAUCCAGGGCAUCAUCAGUCUCAGAACCACUUCCUCUCCCACCAUUAAGAAGUCCAAUGGGUCCAAGACCCCAUUUACCAGGUCCCCCUGGCUCCUUCCCACUACCAUCACAUCUGCAUCCGAUGGCCAGCAUGGCAGCAAGUAUAGCUAGCAGUAUGGCCAGUAUAGCUUCUAACAUGAGUUCACCAUUCUCAACCAUCACAGCACCAUCAGUUUCUGCAGAAUCAUCAAUGUUAAAGAAUACAAUUCUUCCCACCAAGAUGAUUGAUCCAUCAGAAAACUUAGAAGAAUACAUGGAAGUUUCCAAAUCUGAGACAUCAAAGUUGGAACAGCUGGUGAAGAACAUUGAACAGAAGAUAACUGACCCUAACCAGUGCUUGAUCUGUCACCGAGUCCUCAGUUGUAAGAGCGCUCUCCAGAUGCACUACAGAAUACACACAGGUGAAAGACCAUUCAAGUGUAAAAUCUGCAGUAGAUCAUUCACCACUAAAGGAAAUCUCAAAACUCACAUGGGUGUUCAUCGAGCCAAGCCACCAUUGAGGAUGAUGCACCAGUGCCCUGUCUGCCACAAGCAGUUCACCAACCUUUUGGUCCUUCAGCAACAUAUCAGAAUGCACACUGGAGAACAUGGCAUGCCUAACAUGCUUCCUGAACAUAUGUACAUGCAUCCUGAAUGGGCCGCCAUGCAGCAGUUUGAUCAUAAGAUGAUGAGACCUUAUGACUUAUCUCAAGGCGAACCUAAAGAAUUGGAUCUUAGCAAUAAAUCCCAUAGAGCGGACCAGGACAUGGAGGAUUAUAAUGGCUACAGUAGUGAUGACCAGAAACUCGGCAUUGAUAUGGAUGAUGACGAUGAUGAAGAAGAGGAGAUUGAUGAAGAAGAUCGUGCUGCUAUUGCUCAUGAGAACGAUGAUAUUGAAAGACCAGAUCUUCUUAAAAUUAAAACUGAUGAUGAUGAUAAUGAUUUACCCAAAGAUUAUUCUAGUCCUAAUAACGACCAGUCUCCACCCAGUUCCAGACCGAAUUCUGCUGGUCCACCUCAGUCAUAUUACACUAGUCCUGUUUUAUCAUCUUCUACUUCUCUUGCGGCUCUGGAAGAACGAGUUAAAGCGUUUGAUAGUCAAAUUGCCCAGUCAUCAUUUGAAAGAUUCCGGUAUAAUAUGGGCCUUGGUCAUGGAAUGCCUGCCGAUAAAUCUUUGUCACCAAAUUCCCAGCUUGAUCUCGUAAAUGGCGAUAGAUCACCAGGAGCUUCUCCCAAAUCCCAUUCUGCUUCUGAAAAUGGCUCCGAAUACAGCCGUGAAGAGAUGCGCCCUAAUCCAAUGAUGUUUCCUCCAGGAGCUGGUAUCCCAGGUUUUCCAAUGAUGGGUGGAAUGGACAUGAGACCAAGAGGACCCGAUGGAUUACCUCACACAACUUGCAACGUUUGUUUCAAGACAUUCGCCUGCAGAAGUGCGCUAGAUAUACAUUAUAGAAGCCAUACUCGAGAAAGACCUUAUCAGUGUGAUGUCUGUGAGAGGACUUUCACCACUAGAGGCAACAUGAGACAACACAUGCUCACCCACAAAAUUCGAGAUUUGCCUUCUAGCUCCUUUAAUGAUAACUCAAACAGCAAACCCUCAGAAUCAUCAAUGCCAGAAAAUAGAACUGAAACUCCUAUCAGAGAAAGCAGUCAUCAGUCGCAAUCUCAAGCUCAUUCCGAGAAAGAACCGAUGAAGCAAUCUCCAGAAUCCGAAAAUAAACCCAGCAACACUAAUAUUAAUAAUAAUAAUAAUCCGAAUCUCGCCAAUAACAACAGCAAUAAUAGUGACGAAUCUCCAUUCGCCCGCCGCAACAACGGAACCAAGCAACAUCUGUGUCCCACUUGUCAUAAAACUUUCUCCAGUGGUAGUGCUUUGAUGAUCCACAACAGAACGCAUACCGGAGACAAGCCAUUUAAAUGCAAUGUUUGUGGUAAAGCUUUUACCACUAGAGGUAACCUCAAAGUUCAUAUGGGUACCCACAUGUGGAACAACAGUCCUUCCCGAAGAGGUAGAAGAAUGUCUAUUGAACCACCUUUCAUGAUGUCUCACAUGAAGGACAAUCCUUACCUUCAAGGUUUCCCACAAAGACCUCCAGAUUUCUACUUCCAAUAUCCACCAUUCUUUAAUGGACUAUCUCCAAAGAUGAACGAUCUUUCUGUUUUACAAAGCAUCCAGGCUGGUAUGGGUGUCCCAAUGCAUCCAGGAAUGGCUGGGUUAAUGCCCAAGAUGGACCAUCGUAUGGAGGAAAAAAAAGAGGAACGUGUUAUGAACGGAAGUUCAGUGGGUGAUUUAAAAUCCCCAGAAAUCAAGCACCUGACCACAAGUUCUGGGGAGUUGGACUUGAGCAUGAGAUCGAAUUCUUCGGGUAAUUCUGCUUCGGCUUCAUCAUCACCUCAAACUAAAGACUCUCCAUCAGAAGGUUCGAGUUCCCCAGGUUCUGCUGCUGGUGGAUGGUUAUGGAAAGCUGGUAGCUGCCAUAUCUGCUCCCAAAGUUUCUCGUCAUCUGCUGCUUUAGAACAACAUCUGCAAUCUCACCAUCUACAAACCUCCGCUAGUGAAACUCAGAAGGCGAUUGUUGCAUGAGCAUCGAAGGCAACUCUGACCAUUAACGAGUUCUGUUACGAUCAGUGUGCAACGAGACUGAGACCACGAAGAUGUGAAGAAUAGCUCGUGUAGUGUAUAUAUAGAACCAAUCUGAUGUGUCAAAUACAAUAUAUUAUAAUCAAAAGGCCCAUGGGCCAAUGAAUUGUGUAUAGUUUACCAGUUUGAAAUUUUACGAAUUAUUAUGAAAAUAGAUGAUGACCGUGUUUUGUUUGAUGGAAUCUCAACUCUGUUAUUUAGUGCUUGACUGUGUUCUUGUAAACGACUUUAGUUUUAACGAAAAUAUAACACAGAUUUUGAAAUCCCAGGACAAAUAUAAGUGCCAUUUCUUCACGGAAAUAGCACAUGUAUAGAUAGUAUAUAUAUAAAAUGUUACGUGUGUACAACUAUUGAUGACGUUGGGACUUUUUGUGUACAGAUAUUGUGUAACGUGUGUACAUGUUUUGAUGACGUUUAAACCUUUUGUGUACAGUUAUUAUGUUUACAAGAUGACAAUGAGGCUAGAUACUUUAGAUAUAUAUGUAUAUGUGUGUAUAGACGACUAGAAAAUCAACAUAUCGAACAUUAGAUGGAUGUUGAAACAAAACUGCUUUUUAGGCGCAUUCCAUUACUUUAUUCAUCUUAAACAUGAUACAUAAACGUCGUAAAAUGUUGUGCUAAUAUCAAUUUUACAUAUGAAAUACAUUCGGUUGUGACCACACGUUGUGAAUGUUGACCCAGUACUUAAAUACAACAUUUUUUUUCUUUACCGAUGUGUGUUGACUAUGAGUAUGUAACGACAAAUUUGAAUAUAUACUUUUUUGUCUGGUAGAGAAUGACAUUAAAUUUUAUUAUAUGACGUCAUGUUUUAAAAUGACGCAUACUUGUAAUAUAUUACGUCGCCUAGAUUUUGACGUAGGUAUUUACGUCACUUUUUCAUGUUCAUGUGACACGUUUUUUCAUAUGACAUCAUUUUUUUUCAUUAUCCAGUCAUUAAUUUGAUUAUCCAGUAUCAUUUCUUUCAUAUCAUGAAAUAGAAUAUAGGUUCAGUGUAUGUAAUCAUAUUAUAAGUUAAUGCUAUAGUUUAAAAUGGUGAUGUGAUAAUAACGUAUACAAUUAUUAAUAGUUAAAUAGACAUUUAAUUUUUUUUUUUCAAUACAAACUGUAAAUAUGAUAUGCAUUAAAUAUUCGUAUUAAUUAAAGCAUUGAGUUAAAUGUAAAAAAAAAUACGACACAGAGUGGCAAAUUAAAAAAUAAUAUUCAGAUUUUUUUUUGAAUACCAAUUUUUGAAUUUUUUGUCUUAAAUUAGGUGUUAGAAUCUCUCUAGUCCUUGUAAGUUUGUCUUUAUAAUCAAGACUACUAUAUCCAUGAUUUACCACUACCUCCCUUUUAAGCAAUUGUUUAUAGUUAAUCGUGUCUACACUUGCCUACUUAAUUGGUAACCAUUAAAUGUGACUGGAUAACCUGCUCUAAAUACACCAGUCUCGCCCCAAAUCACCACUUGUCUCUUUCUUAGUCAGAUUAGGGAAGUGACGUAGUAUGGACUGUGACGUAAUUUAGAGCUGAUUAUUUAGCCUACCAUUAAAUGUAUGUUUGGUCCACAAAACCUUUUUUUGUGUGUGUGUGUUUUUGUCUCUACGCAAGCAUUUUUGUUUCUGUUGAUCAUUUCCAUAAAAUAAAUAUCAGCAAGAUUUAAUUUUGUACUUGGUCACAUGACAUUUGUUAUUCAAGACAUUUUAUGAAAGAAAAAAAAACGGUGAAACAUAAUUAUCGAUAGUUGAGACCUAUAGAUGAUUAAAAAUUGAUGUUAAUUUUCAAAACACAAUCAUCAUUGUGCGGUUAUAAGAGGAAUUAAUUAUGACAUUUAAGUCAAAGAAAUCGAUUUGAUUAGAUUCAAUAUUAAAUAUGCAUCAUAUAUGAAUCAAGAUUUUCUCGUUAUAUCCGCAGCUUGCAUGUCCAAAAUGGCUGAAUAUGAACAAUAUUAGCGCAGACACGAAGGGGAAAUAAUUUUAGGUAAAUUUCCACAUGAAAUAAUAAAUAAAUGAUGAUAGUAGUGGAGUAUAAGAAUAAUUUACCAGUGCAACAAUAGCUGGUUAUAAUUAAUCAUAUAAAACUCGUCACGAGACGAUCUUCUAUAAACCAACAGCAGGCUUUCUGGAAUGAAUAAUGCUUGAAAUGGUUCUCAUGCCUUCUCUCAAUUCUCUAUGAACUUUGAACUUACAAAAUGUAUAUUUCGGUACAUGUAAUUUAAACAAAGUGCUAAGACGACUUUAAUGCACAGAACGUGCACCAAAAUAAUAUUCAGGCAUUUUAUAAAUUAACUGUUUUUGCUUUAAGAAUACGUAGACCUGUUUAAGAAUGCGAAAUGACCGAAAUUUAUUUCGAAGAUAGCAUAUCACGAUUUACCGUCCAAUCAAGAAAUCCAUUGAGCGAAUAACCGUCACGUGUUUUACAUAUCUUAUUAAAUAACGAACAAUCAGUCAAUAUUCGCGAGAAUUCGCGAGAUUUUAUUAAACAUUUUAAAACAAAUAUACAUACAUAUAUAUCCAUUGCUAUUGAAAAGUCAAACGAGAUCAAAAUUCAAACCGCACAAAAAGAGCUGUUUAAUUCCAAAUUAAUUCUAUUUUAAAUUCUAUCCAAAGAUUACUACGCAAUUGUAAUUAUGGCAUUGGUAACUAAUACUAACUUAAAUACGAAUUGUAAAGUUAGUCCAGUGACCUUUUUUGUUUAAAUUUAAAAACUCUCCCGUCUGGAGUAUGUUGUUAUAUUAUUUUAUAUUUUAUUUCUAGCUUGCCAAUCACUUAUAAAAGCUUUAAUUAAUUAAUUAAUUGUAUUGUUUUGAGUUUAACGAACGCUUAUUGUGAAUAUACGUCACAUGUUUUUGUGUAUAUAUUUGAACGACGUCAUGGGUUUAAAGCUUUACGUCACAAGAGUGCACACAUUACGCAAUUUACCAGUAAAUAUUCUACGCCACAUCUCCUAUCAUUCUCGAUCAUUAGACAGUCUUGGUGUAUCAACUGAACGUAGUGUGUUUAAAAUCCUCACCAAUUGAAGAUGAUGGAAUGAGUAUGAUAGAAGAUGGAAGUGUAUAUUUUUGUUUUUGUUUACUUAAUGCCGUCAUGUUUAUUUAGAUCUGUCGUAUGAUUUAUUUGAAGGGAGGGGAGGUUGUAGACUAUAGCUUUAUAUUUUGUCAUAUGAAAAAAAUAAAAAACAUUGUUAAAUAUCA